AUGUCAUAUUAUCAAGCUUUCAUGAUAGAACGCCCCAAAAAUGGGUUGGAUAUUGUUCAGUCACGACUUAAAGGAGCUAAAACAUUAAAUCUUGAACUCGCUGAUUAUUUUAAAGAAAGAGCCACAUUAGAAGAUAACUACGUAAAAGGUCUUCAGCGGUUAUUAAAUAAAUCACAUGUAACCGAUAAAUCGAAUUUGGGUACCUUUGCAAAUGUAUGGGAUGCACAUAUCCUUGAAAUUCAAUCAAUAAUCGAGAUGCAUAUGGACUUUAUGAUGAAAUUACACGAAGAGGUUGAAGUUCAAUUACGAACGAAAGUAUCAUCUGAUCCAGAAUGGACAAAUUUGAAACAUCAAGAGAGCAAUUUAAGUAAAUUGGCGCGAGAAUAUGAAGAAAAACAUACAAAAGUUAACAAGCAAAGGAGUAAAACAGAAAAACGAUCAGGAAAAAAAGCCGAAGUAUUUGCGCUUGAAUUAACUCAUGCAGAUUGGCAAUCUGAAUGGUCAAAGUACCUUGAGAAAUUUCAAAGAGCAGAUGGCUCGAGAUUACUAAAUCUAAAAGAAUCAUUUGCAAGAUUUGAAACCAUACAAGCUGAUUAUUAUCAAAGAAGAGCGGGGGAUGAAAUGCAUAAUUUUUGUGUAAAGAAAUCUAAGAAUUUUGAAGUAAUUAAGAACACUCCAAAUGGUUCUGCAAGUGGUUCUAUAAGUGGUUCUACAAGUGGUUCUAUCAAUGCUCAAACUUCAUCUCCAACUGCAUCUCCAAAUGCAUCCCAAAAUGCAUUAGAAAAUGUUCCCCAAAAUACUUUUGAAUCAAGAAUUCCUGUUGAUUCGGAAAUAGGUUCCGAAUCAAAACAUUUUGAUGGGUUUUCGUCAAAUGAUGACGAUUCGCUAUCUGAUGUCGGUUUUAAUUCAUCUUUAAACCAGAAAAAUAUUCAAGUUGAAAUCAAACCAUCAGUCACGGGAGACAAUGAAGCUGAAACUGCUAGAGAAAUGUCUAUGGUGAUGACAACCUUGAAAUCGACCCCAACCAUCAAACAACCAAAUCGUAGACAUCACCUUAGUACUCCUAUUAUUAAUAGUGAUGGAAUCAAUACAAUUUUCGGGAUGAAUGGAAUGAACACAAAUUUAGGGAGAACAAAUAGUUUGGUGCAAACUUCACAGGCUGAAAUUACAAAUCAUCGAAGGGCAGUAUCUGAUCCCGAAGUUCAAUCACGUGGAUUACGAGCAUCUAUAAUAGAAACUGUUAAUGUAAAGUCUCAAGGAGGAGAAGUGAUAAAGAUUCUUGUAACUGGUGAAAUAAGAAUCUCAUAUAAUUAUCCGGUUAUAAGAAAUAAUCCGAAUCCGAUUAGAAUUCGAAUAACAAAAUUUGAUACAUUAGAAAAAGCUACUCCAAAUACAUUAUAUCUUCGUGCUGUACCAGAAAGUUCUGGACUUUAUGAUAUUGAUACUGGAUUAUUAUCAAUUUCUGGUAUUGCUUCAGUUGCAGUAAUGAAAUAUCAAGUCCAUAUCGAUCCCACGAAAAAGAAUUUAUAUGUUCCAUUACAAAUAAUUCCUCAAUGGAAAUGCGAACCAAAUCUUACAUCUUUGGCUGUUAAUUAUCGAGUCAAUCCUGAAUGUUUACUCUCUAGCGGUGAUGGUGGCGAUGGUACUUUAACUGAUUUAUCAUUUCUGAUACCAGUAGAUGGAGAUGUUGAAACGGUUCAAUCAAAACCCACUGGUAUAUGGAGUACAGAAAAGCAAAGAAUGUAUUGGCAACUUGAUGAUAUAGAUUUAUCAAUUCCUUCAGAGCGAAAAAGAACCUUGGCUCAAUUUGAAACUAAACGAGAAUCUAAUCCUACACCAAUAGUUGUUAAGUUUGCACGUAAAGGACAAUUACUUAGUGGUAUUUCUUUAGAAAUAGAGAAACCUAUGACAAAUGAUACAUCAAAUGAAUAUAAUAUUGAUGAAAAAGGUCAAACUAAAUUCGAAGGUAUUGUCGAAUUUCAAGAAAUAAUUCAUCAAGUUGUAAGUGGCAAGUUCCUAGCAUUGCCUUAA